CUUCUCUUCUUUAUCAUGUGGUUUUCGGUAAUAUUGGCAAUUGUUGUUAUAUCUUGUUAUCUGUUUUCGUUGACUAUAAAACCAAAAAAUUAUCCCCCUGGUCCCACUUGGUAUCCUAUUGUAGGAACUGUGCUAGAAGUAAAAAAGCUCUUAAAAACAUUUAAAUCGCAGCACCUCACCCAGCUAUAUCUGUCUAAAAAAUAUAAAUCUGACGUCAUUGGUCUUCGAAAUGGCAACGAAAAUGUUGUUGUGGUAUUUAACCACGCUGCUAUUAAAGCUAUAUUCAAGAGAGAGGAAUUUCUAGCGCGACCAAAGAACUUCUUUUUCUAUUUACGAAAUAUGGGGAUGAUAAAAGGAAUAACGAUUGUAAGUGGAAGACUUUGGCAUAUACAGAGAAAGUUUGUAACAAACCAUCUUAAAUAUCUAGGUAUGGGUAAAAGUUCUAUGGAAGUGUUUUUAAGAGACGAAGUUACUGAGGUUUUAAAUAUGUUAAAAGAAAAUGAAGGAAAAGAAUUGCGCGUUGAUGAAAUAUUCACUGUAACAGUACUAAAUAUUUUGUGGGCAUUUGUAUCUGGAAUUCGAUUGGACAAACAGAAUGAUCUUCUAAAUAGGUUAUUAAAGAUUCUUGAAAGAAGAACGCGGGCGUUUGACAUUGCAGGAGGAUUGCUAAGUCCUUUUCCAUGGCUUAGGUUUAUAGCUCCUGAAAAAAGUGGAUAUAACUUGGUCCAACACGUAAAUGCACAAAUAAAAGAUCUAAUUUUGGAAACAGUAAACGAACACUACGCAAAUUGGACUCCUGGAAGAAACGACGAUUUAAUUUAUGCUUUUAUAACCGAGAUGAAAAGCAAUAAGGACCCAGACAGCACGUUCACAGAGGACCAGUUGUUAAUGGUGUGCUUGGACAUGUUUUUGGCGGGGUCUCAAAUUACUACUAGCACACUAGAUUAUGUAUUUUUUGCAAUGAUUGUACAUCCAGAAGUUCAGGAAAAAUCCAGAAAAUGUCUUUGGAAGGCGUUUAGCAAAGACGAACAUAUCGAUUAUAGUGAUAGACACAGGGUUCCCUACAUUGAAGCAGUUCUUUGCGAAGUGCAACGGAUGUACCAUGUGAUGCCUGUCACAGGACCGAGAAGAGCUACUACAAAUACCGAUACGACAAUAUUAAUAAAUAUAUAUUCAGUAAACCAUAAUAAGGACUAUUGGAAAGAUCCGGAAGUAUUUCGACCCGAAAGGUUUUUAAAUAGCAAUGGAAACCUUUUCUAUCCAGAGUAUUUCAUGCCUUUUGGUAUAGGUAAAAGGUCAUGUUUAGGGGAAGUUUUAGCGAAGAGUGCACUUUUUACUAUUUUUUCGGAAAUCAUUAGAAACUAUUCAGUACAUAAAUUCCCCGGAACACCAGAAUUGACCAUGGAAUGUAAAACUGGUAUGACAAUAGCUCCAGAAAAUUACACUGUCCAGUUUUUAAGAUGCGACUCAGAUUGAAACCAUUGAUAAAUUACUUUAACGCUAAAUCCAGCACAGUAAUCUUAGUUUUUGAAGCAAGA